GCCAUCUAUCAAAAACUUGUGAUCAAACGUACAUGAACUAUACAUACCAAAAUUAGAAUAGACUUUUUUGUAUUGUGAUUUAUCGAAAAGUGCUGUGAAUACAUUUGUAGUUAUUGAAAAGAACAUAUUUAAAGAUGAUGCAAUUCAUGUUACUAUUCAGUCGUCAAGGAAAAUUACGUUUACAAAAAUGGUAUGUGGCUCAUCCUGAUAAAUUGAAGAAAAAAAUUACACGAGAAUUAAUUACUACAAUAUUAGCACGAAAGCCAAAAAUGUCCAGUUUCUUAGAAUGGAAAGACGUUAAGGUUGUCUAUAAAAGAUACGCCAGUUUAUAUUUUUGUUGUGCAAUAGAACAAAACGAUAAUGAAUUAUUAACAUUGGAAAUUAUACAUCGUUAUGUUGAACUGUUAGAUAAAUACUUCGGAAGUGUUUGUGAGUUAGAUAUAAUUUUCAACUUUGAGAAAGCAUAUUUCAUCUUAGACGAAUUAUUGGUUGGUGGAGAAAUUCAAGAGACUAGCAAAAAAAAUGUUUUAAAAGCCAUUGCAGCUCAGGAUUUACUACAGGAGCUUUGUGUAUCCAUACAAGUAUAUACUCAGUUAUAUGAAAAGGGUUCAGUUCACCAUUUGAAGCUGCAUCAAGGAGAUUACUUAAUUACAAACUAGGAGGAGACACCACAAGGUUUCUUUGAGGACCAUGGUCUGGGAUAAUACUUUCUAAACAAUAUAUCCAGCUUAAUGUAAGUGGUGUAUUCUUACAACACUGCUUCAACAUUCCAGAAUUUUAUUUACAAUGAAAUUGUUUAUCAAUUAGAUUUAAGAGUACUGUGGGGUUAUUAAUAAAUUGAAAUUAAGCUUUUUGUUGUAAACUAAAGCAUAAUUAUACCGAAAACGUAAUUACUGUUUGAAAAUUCAGUGAAAUGUAGUCAGUAUUCUAUACAUGUUGAAAACCAGACAAAUUGUUUCUCUUUAUUAAAAUACUAGCAGUACUAUACUACUUAUUAUACAGAUAUAUGUAUGUACUUGUUUUUCCUGAUUGACAUAUUAUUUAACUCUUUAUGUUUUUUUUUUUUUUUUGUGAAGGGUAUAUAUUUUUUUCUUUUAUUUUUAAUAUUCCAUAUAAAGGGAAUUAAAAAUUUAUUUUUUAAUACAUGAGAUUAAUAUUUUAUAUUUUUUUAUUUUGAUUAAUAUUUCAGUAAAAAUAUAUACCAUUUUUUCGUAUAUACUAUUCGUAUAUACGAAUUUUUUUCGUUUAGGACCAGUUUCAUUUAUAAUUAACGGGGAAAACAUAAUUUAAUCCAAAUUAUAUUUGACUUAUAAACAGAACUUGUUACAUAAAUAAUUUCUUCUUAUAAUCAACACAUAAAGGGUUAAAUAAUUAGUGAAUAUUCAAUAAUAUUGUCGUUAUACAUGUAUUAAUAUAUCGUUCGCGAGGUGCUUAUAAAAAUUCUUUGCAUUUAUUUUUUUGAAUUGAGGUACAUAUAAGCAUUUAAAAAUGUCGUGCUUUAUCAGUCUUUAACUGAUAGUGACAUUGUUAUGUUUGUCGCAUAAAUAAUAGUCAAUAUGUUUGACUAUUAUUUUUAAGCAUACCGCUCAACAGCAACUCCAUCGUUCAAGUAAAAAAGUUAAAGUUAAAGAUUUUCAUAAAAAAAGUAUAUAAUGAGAAUAUCAUCAGAAGUCAUUUUAUAUGAAUAUUUCAAAUAUCUGAUAUUUCAGAAAAUAUUUCAUUACAUCAAAAGUGCAUUGCUUUUAAAAGAAAAAAAACUUCUUCUAAAAAAUUUAUAGUUAUAUAUUUAAAAAUAAUUAUUUUUCUCUUAAAUAAAAGUCACGCAGAAUUUGAACACAUUGAAUAUAGAUAGAAGAAAAUCAAUAGAAAUUCUGUUAUCGUUAAAAUAUGACGAGAUAAUUACAUACGCAUGUUGUCAAUUUUUCAUUAAUCGUUAUCGCUAAAUGAAGAAAUUUUGCUUGUUAUAAUUAAUCGUUGAAUAUUCGAUUUUGCUACUUAUAAUUGUAUAAGAAUUACACAGUAUAUCCAGAUUAAUUAUAUAUAUUCGUUUGUUAUUUAAGUUAACGGCAACGGUAAAAGUUUCAGCUGUUCACAUUUUUUAUUUAUUUACUGAAAAUUAUACAUGAAGAACAUUACAAGUAUUUAGUUAGUACUUACAUCUAAAGUUUUACCUGCAGAAUAAAUCUAACGAAGAGACUGUUCCUUCACUUCGUUACUUCUAUUGCUUGGAUAGGAAUUUUUAAUAAAUUCAAAAGAAUAUUUAUAAAAGUUUAGAGAAUAACUUGAAGAAACUGUAAAUUGAAAUUAAAGAAAAUAGAUAUAAGGACAGUUUCGAAAUUUCUGCCAAUGAUUGUAAAAGCUAUAGAAAAAAAAAUUCCAUGAUUACAAAAUGAUCAUUUUUUUCAAAUUUUACGAAUUUAACUUGGAUAUGCUAUAAAACUUCCUAAAAUUUUGUUGAAUUGAUUAACUAUAAGCGAAAAAACGGAGAAAUACAAUUUUUCCAAACGAUUGCGCAAAUUUAUCAUUUGCUUUGUACAGGAUGACUUAUUUUAAUGUUUAAAUGAAAUUAUUGCAAAAAGUGCGCCAUGUUGAUAGGGAUAAAAUGGAUUUUUAGGAUUGUAUAUCGUAUAAAGUAAAAUUUCACGCGUUAAUCUUAUGGCACAAAUUUGUUAAGUAAAACUGAAAUAAAAAUUUUCUGAAGGAAAAUUGUCAUCUCUCUCUGGACUAAGCAUUUGAAAAAGAUAGAAAGGUGUGUACAUUAUUACGAAUCCAAUAUCAUUUCAAAAUUUGGAAAUGAAACGCGUUUUAUUAAUUAUUUACUCAGUCAGAGAUUAUUCAAACAGAAUUGUAUACUUUUCAUUCAUCGAUCGUUGAAUUUCAUCUCAUUUAAUUUGUCUCUAUUAAAAUUACGCCACUGUAUAUUUAUGAUAAAUUUCUUCUAUAAACUUUUUUUACAUUACGAAAAGAAAUGAAAGAAAAUAAUCUUUAAAAAUUCACCGAAUUCAGCUCUGCGUACUUUUUCAGACAAACCUGUAAAUUAAAAUCAGUCAUCCUGCAGACUAGUUGACUGACAAAGAUAUCUAUUUCAGCGAAGUGUCAUCUUGUAAUAUUUUUCGGUGCAUUUGACGAUAGAAAAGUAUUCAUGUUCCUGUUUAAUCAUCACUAUCGUGUUAACGAAAUGGUUUUACGCGUAGUUUUAUCGCUGAUUCUCGUUCUGGCAUGGUACACCAUGACGAAUAAAAGUGUCGACACAGACUAGCUUAUUUUUUUAAAAUGUUUGAAAAAAAAUUCUUUGUCCUAAUUUGAAAAAAACGAUUCUUUGUCCUAACGUUUUUAAAACAUAAGACAUUUUUAACAGUUACACAAAGCUAUAUUUUAAUUAACAGAAUUGCAAAAAGUACAGGAGUUGGAGAGAUCUCUCUGAUAUCGAUUUGUGUGUUUUCAUCCAUUAAGGACGAGAGAAGACAUAGCUUUAGACUCGACUCUUCUUUCGAUUUUGCAGUAAUUAAAAUAUUUUAGAUUUGAAAAUUACUUUAAAGAAAAAAAGGAGACCGAGCGUAAAUUUUACGAACUUAUACAGGAUUUUACAAAAAAAGAAAAAAGCCUAGCCUGUGUGAAUAUCUUUGUUCGUUACUGUACGUUUCAAAUGAAAGAGCGAGAAAGACGUUUAAACGGAAGCGAAAAUCCCGAGACACGCAAGUUUUUAUUGUUACUAGAAAUCAUAGUUUAUCAAUUUUGAAAAUGUCCACCAGUUGAAAAAACGAUCACGAGCACUUUGAGAAUUUGCAUAAAGACAAUAAGUUUAAGCACUGUUUGUUGAAUUGUUCGUUUAUGGUAUUGAUGUAAGCUAAUAAAGAAGAGAGAGAGAGAGAGAGAGAGAGAGCACAUAUCUAAAAACUAUAUACUUGCAAUUUAUCUGUUUUCUAUAGUUUAUCUUACAAUUAGACAUAGAUAAGUCGAAACGUAUUGCGGUGCACAUGUCUAUGAAUCACAUCGUUUUUAAACUGGUUUAUUUCAAUCUUCUCUUCUUUUCUGUCCACGUUUUGCGAAUUUCUAGCAUUUUUUGUCAGAAAAUGAAUGAUAUUUUUUCUUGACAUUGAUUAAGUUUUUUUUUUUUACUUGAAUGUUAAUUGUCAGAUUUGAGGAAUGAAAGAUUUAUGAGAACGUUCGGUUUCAUUUAACGUAGCUGGGCAAUAUGGGUAUAUGAUGUUUAUUGAUUGUGCGGAAGAGAAAUAGAUGAAAAAAACGCGAUGAAAAUAUUGAUUUCGAUUUGGCUGAGAAAUAGAAUUAAUUUUAAGACGGAAAAUAUAUUCUCUAGACGGGUUCUAUUGAUUUCCCUCGCGUGGGAAUAAUAAUAUUAAUCUCAGACGAAUGGACAUAUUGCCUAGAAAUUUCAUUUCCAUGUUUAUUUUAUUUUACAUUACGUGCAUAUAAUUCCACCAAACAGAAUGUAGCAUAGUUGUUAAGUAACACGAGAGAAAUGGCUAUGUUUAGGUAAAGUACUUCGACUAUUUUUUGUGUUUUUAAGUAUUUAAUAAACGAUGGCGCGUGUAAAUCGAUAUGAUUGCAUUGUCAUCCACAUCGUUAUGAGUAUUUUUAUUAUAUACGUAUAUGUAUUAUUAUAAAACAAUGUUCGUGAAAUUCUUUGUCGAUUUAAUGUGGUUACACGUACGCAGCGCAGCAGCAGAGAAACUUCUCUUCGAUAGUAAUAACAGUUGUAUUUCGUAUAACGAGAAAUCAAAAUUAGGGAUUAAGUGCAGAAUUAUUAGAAUUCGUGGUACACCACAGGAUUAAAAUACCAUUAAGCAAAAUUCUCAGAACAAUGUUAAACUGUAUGAACAUAUGUAUUUACGAUAAGUAUAAAGACGAUGCUUUGUGCUCCGUCCAUAAUAAUAAAGUAUGUGAUGUAAAAAUAUU